UUUUUGCUGAAAGAUGUGUCCAACCGCUACAAGGAAAUAAUAAAGCUGAGAGACAUUGGCCGACUGGAGAAGUCCCAGAAUCACUUUUUCCUCAAAAAAGUGGAUACUCUUGUCAUACAGGCAAAAGAUGGACCAUUCAAGUUCACGGCCUGGCUGAAGGAAGAGAGAAACUGCUGGUUUAUGUUGAUUGAGGAGAUGAAGGCAGGGAAAAUUGUUGCCGAGGCAACCAGGGAUUUAACAGCGAUACAUCAAGCAACAGUCAAUGUGCUGCUCAUCGAUGCGGUCAUAAGAAGUGGCAACGAGAAUGGGUCAUCUCAUGAGGAGAAUGUGACAGCAUCUGCCGAGAAUCUGUGUCACUUCACGAAGUACAUGUCGGAGGGUCGACACAACCUUCCCAAAGACACUGUGGACGCACUGCAGCACAGGGUGGACCCUAACAUCGGGGACAGAGAUCGUAAAACAGUCGAGGCCAUUCUCUACACACCAGGAACUGACAGUCUACACAGGAGUGAGCAGUUGCCACCGCGUCUGUGGUGUGGGAUGGGGGAUGGCAAAGUGAAGGUGUUCGACGCCACAACUUGGGAACUGGAAGACAAGAUAGUACAGACCAAGAACACAGCAGCCUGCCUGGUGCCAGUCGGGGAAACCCAGGUUUGGGUGGGGUCACACGGCAUCUACAUCAUCGACACCGAGACCAUCAUGUGUAACAAGACGCUGUCCGAACAUCAGGACCUGGUGACAGACAUUGUCAUCUCAAAUGAUAAAAGACAUGCCCACUCGGCCAGUGUGUCUGGUUUGAUCGUUAUGUGGGAGAUCCAGACUCUGACGCGGCUCAAGAAGUUCCAACUGAACGACAUCACCAGCCUGAAGUCCCUAAAGAUCAUCGGUGACCAACUGUGGUGUGGGCUAUGGAAGAGAAUUGGUGUUUUGAAUUUGGAUGGAGAAGAGCUCCAGAGAUUCCAUUUCCAGAGCAAUGAUGGAAAUGGACGUAAUGUGGACCUGGAUUGUUUCGCUGUCACAGAUCUGGAGGUGUGGGCUGGAGUCCGGAGGGAAGGAAUGCUGGUGGUGUGGGACAGAAACACAGGGUUACAGAAUGCGACGAUACGACUGGAGUGUCGGGGCAUCAGUACACUACUGCUGUGUGACAACAAGAUUUGGGUGGGCACCAAGGCAGGGACCAUCUACAUCUACCUCACCAACACCCACCAGUUGUGGAAGACACUGCGUGCCCAUGAUGAUGCCGUGCGCUCACUCUGCCUUGCCGACGUUCGUUACGUCAUGAGUGGUGGAGGCAGCAAGGAUGGCAAGGUGGCAAUAUGGACGCCAUCUGUCCUUGAAAUAUCUGACAGUUAUGAGGAUAAUCGUCCCGUGUGAAACAUCACAGAUGUCAACUACUGUAUAUUUCAGAUUGAAGAUUGUUUUAAAUUCAUAUUCCAGACCACAAGUUCAAAUUCUUGUUAUGUCAAUGGUUGCAGCAAUAGGUUUAUUAUUUCAAUAUGGCAUUUUCAUUCAUGUCCUGAUUUCUUUAGGAUUAUCCAUAUGAUAUUUGUUAAAUGGUACAUCAAGCAUUGUCCAUUUGGGUUUUUUAAUUGAUUUUGUUUCUACUCUGAAACUAUGCAGCUUUUCACUUCAUCAGAAAGAAAGGGCUCCCAGUUUGCCCGUUUUUGUCAGCCUCAGGUAGAGCUGGAAAUAAUGACAGUGUUAUCUGAAAGGUGUUUGGGUUCCCUGCCAAUCAAAUCUCAAUUUUUUUAAACAGUUUGGCAUCAUUUCUUUACUGCUUUCAUUCCAAUCAAAAGAAAACCCACGCACAACAUAAAUAUUACAUUAUUGCAGAUUCAUUGAAUUUGCUCAGAAACCACAGAAUUUAUGACAUAUUCAAAGCAAUAUGAAAGUUACUUCCAGAAUCAUGGCACCAGGAAAUACUCAUUAUAUAUGUUUUAUAUUUACUCGAAACAAAAACUGUACCUAACAGGGUCUUGUUUAGUAAAAUAUAUAUGUAUGUAUUUUCAAAACAUCUUUAAUACUUUGUUCCCCAACUGAGCAUAAUUUCAUUGUCAAACGAGAUAUAUUUCAUUAAGUCAAAGUAUCAUUUAAAUUGUAUUUCAAAACAUAAUUAAUUAAAUUGACCUGAUUUAUUACUUAAUUUGAUAAGUAACAUGUGAAUUACUUAUAUAUAUUCAUGCUCAUGCUGUUGAUCACUGGACUGUCUGGUCCAGACUCGAUUAUUUACAGACCGCCGCCAUAUAGCUGGAAUAUUGCUGAAUGUGGCAUUCAACAGCAAACAAACUUGGUAAGGUAUAAUUGCCCAUCAGUCGGAAAAAUUUCAUCUUUAUUGAUGUUUGAACUAAGUUUGUCAACAACUGUUUAAUCUAUGACAACAAAGUUAACUCGGUGUUUAUUAUUUUGAUAAGCAUCAAAUGCUUGUUAAGACUAAUAAAGUGUAAAUACAUUGUACUAUAAUUUUAUGAGAGAUUACAGUCUAUAUUGGCUAAAUGCUUCUACUGAGGAACUGAUAAAGGUUUGACAAUAAGUGAAUUCAGGGUUUCAACAAAUACGCACACAAUCAACGGCCAUGAUAACUGACAGGAUAUUUUUCAUGAUCAAAAUAUUUUUGAUCAGUGUAAUAUUAUUUGUUAAUGUGUUGACACAUAUGUUACUGUUAAGUUUCUCAAGUUAAUGUUUAUAUAUUUGUAUUGAUCACAUUUACAAUCAAUAUCAAAUUGUGGAUUAGUUUGUCCCAUCCAAUACAGGCAAGUUAUUUCCUGUUAUUUUAGAUCAUGGGUGACAGGGUACAUUUCAUGAAUGUGUGAAGGAACUAAGGAUCACAUAUCAAAAUGCCAUUUACUACAGUUGAAAGUGUGAUAUCUGAAUGUAUUAUGUGCAUUUCUGUACCUCUUGCCAUAUUGUUGUAUCAGUCUCACAGUGGAUGAGGGUGUCUUUGGAACUACAACUGGAUUCAAAAGUUGGUCAGAGGACUGGUCCAUUGGAUCCAAAAUGGUUCAUUGUCAAAAGUAUUUACUGAGAGAAGCAUGCAUUUCUGUAUAUCAGUGAUAUUGCAGGAAUAUUGCUAAUAUUGACGUAAAACUAAACUAAACUCACUCACAGUGACGUUUAAGGUGUUCAUCAAACACCCGUUCCAUUCACUGCUUCAUGCCAAAUUGAAGCUUACAUCAUCAUGCCUCCUUUGUUGUUUUUCUACUCUAAAUUCAUCCACAAUGUGUUUAAAACUUACAACUGGGUGGUCAGCUCUUCUCAUGGCCAUCUUUCUGUUAUGAAACUUAUCAAUAUGUCAGGCUGUGAAGAUCCGGAUUAAAAUUGUUCAGUAGCCCAUGCUUGUUGUAAGAGGUGACUAAAGGGAUCAGGUGGUCAGGCUCGCUGACUUGGU